ACAGCUAUCCAAGUAUCCAGUUGAAUCACGAGAGGUUGAUCACGUGACGUCCCACCCCCUCGCCUGUCUGAGGAAUCAUAAGAGCAAAGAACGGAGAUGGGUCGACUCGAUGGGAAAGUAAUCGUGCUGUCUGCUGCAGCGCAAGGGAUUGGCAGGGCCUCGGCAAUAGCAUUUGCAAAGGAAGGAGCACAAGUAAUUGCUACUGACAUUAAUGAAGAAAAACUGAAGGAACUAAAUGGCGUUCCAGGCAUUAGGACCAAGGUUGUGGAUGUUACCAACAGGGACCAAGUUGAGGCCCUUGCUAAGGAACUUGAUCAAGUGGACGUGCUGUUCAAUGUUGCUGGGUAUGUUCAUCAUGGUUCCAUCCUGGACACUGAGGAGAAAGACUGGGACUUUACAAUGAAUGUGAACGUCCGCAGUAUGUUUGUGAUGAUUAAGGCCUUCCUGCCCAAGAUGCUUGCUAAAAAAUCUGGAAAUAUCAUUAAUAUGGCAUCGGUAGCCUCCAGCAUCAAAGGUGUGGUGAACAGAUGUGCCUACAGCACAUCCAAGGCUGCAGUCAUUGGGCUUACUAAAUCUGUGGCGGCUGACUACAUUGAUAAAGGCAUUCGCUGUAACUGUGUUUGUCCAGGAACCGUGGACACCCCAUCGCUGAGGGAUCGAAUCCAGGCAAGACCCGAUCCUGAACAGGCCCUGAAAGACUUCCUUGCAAGGCAGCCGACUGGUAGAAUGUGUACUGCUGAGGAAGUUGCGAAUCUUUGUGUGUAUUUGGCAUCUGAUGAGUCAGCUUAUGUCACUGGAACUGAGCACAUCAUUGAUGGUGGAUGGAGACUUUGAAGAUUGCUGCCGGACCAGCUGUCAUUCACUCCAACUGCUGUCAUCACUGUGAUUUUUCUUGGUAAAAAUAUGUAGCCCUAUGUGGAAACACAAUGCGGAAAUAGAGUGCACUCAAUUACAAUGUAAUGGAUUUCUUACUUGAUGUACUGUAUUAUAAUCAUAAACUGUUUGAUGCAGGUAUGGCAUAAAAUGCAACCUUUUACAGUAUUUUUAUACUGUACAUGUUGUAUGUACUGUCAACACGCCACACUUUGACAGGUAUCUUUCAUUAACCACUGCUGAUAUUUCAGAAUAACUUGACAAAUCUUUACCACAUUGAUUGCUCUAUCAUUUUAAACAAUCAAUAAUCUUGAACACAGAAAUACAGUAGUUCAGAAAUAA